CCCUGCCUCUUCAUGAUUGUCUCUUUAAAACUGGAGGUGCCUCCUUCUGAGGGGACAGUGGCCUCACCAUGAGCAAGACCAUGGGGACAGGUGGUAUUGUUUGCGCGGUCAGGAGAUUUCAGAUCUGAAGGAGAACAACACUGAGAGUGAACUUGUUCCUUAAAAACUAAAGUAAAAUCUUUCUGGGGGGGGGGGGUUACUUUUCAGUAAAAGGAGCCACUUCCUGGAUCUUCUUCUGAACCCGUUUCCUCCACCAGGCAGCCCUCUUUGACCCUCUUUGAUUCUUGGAUCAGCCAGUCACUCGAUGGGGAGCAACGGCGGACCUCCUUUUUGUGUCACCUUCCCACCUCUCUGUAGCAAGAAAAAUAACUUCAGCACCUCUUCAAUAAUAAUGAUGAAACUGGUAUUAACUGAAUGGCAAUUAUGGAUUUUUAACUCUAAUUCACAGUAAACCAGCAAGCCAUAUGUUUAAAAUCCAACCAAAAAUCAUUUUGUUUUGCUGCGUGUCUCACCCGCUUGUGAGAAGUUGUGAGAUCUCGAUUUGUACAAAGAGGGAUAUAAGCAUUACUUGCCGGAGGAACACAACUGAAGCAGAGAGAGAAGGCGUCCUAAUUUAUCCUUAAAGAUUCCUGAUAGUAUUAUUUAUAUAGGUAGAGGAAAUAUAUAUACACACACACAUAUAUACACGUAUAUGUUUUUGGUGGUAAUGAGAAUGGCCCCGCAGAACGCCGACUCGGAAUCUCUGCAAGUUCAGGAGUUUCCUGUGCCCCUGCCGGAUCUGCAGAAGCCGGGAAGCGCGGAUACCCACGAUGAGACCAUCAGCGAGGGGUCCAUAGACCGGAUCCCCGUGCGCCUGUGGGUGAUGCACGGGGCCGUGAUGUUUGGCAGGGAGUUCUGUUACGCCAUGGAGACGGCGUUGGUCACGCCGAUCCUCUUGCAGAUUGGCCUUCCGGAGCAGUACUACAGCCUCACUUGGUUCCUGAGCCCCAUCCUCGGCCUCAUCUUCACGCCCAUCAUCGGCUCCGCCAGUGACCGCUGCACCCUGAGCUGGGGCCGCCGGCGGCCCUUCAUCCUCGCCCUGUGCGUCGGCGUGCUCUUCGGCGUGGCACUCUUCCUAAACGGCUCUGCCAUCGGUCUGUCCCUUGGCGAUGUCCCCAACCGGCAGCCCAUUGGCAUUGUCCUCACAGUGCUGGGGGUGGUCGUCCUGGAUUUCAGUGCCGACGCAACCGAGGGCCCCAUCCGGGCCUACCUGCUGGAUGUGGUGGACAGCGAGGAGCAGGACAUGGCCCUUAACAUCCACGCCUUCUCUGCUGUCUCAUUUCUGGAACAGGCCCCCUCCAACUCGACCUCCUGGCAGGCCUACAACGCUGGCGUGAAGAUGGGCUGCUGGGGCCUGGUGAUUUACGCGGCCACUGGUGCAAUUUGCUCAGCCCUGUUACAGAAGUACUUGGACAACUACGAUCUGAGCAUCAGGGUCAUCUACGUGCUGGGGACUCUGGGCUUCUCCAUCGGCACAGCCGUGAUGGCCAUGUUUGCCAACGUCUAUGUCGCCAUGAUCAUGAUCAGCACCAUGGGCAUAGUCUCCAUGAGCAUCUCCUACUGCCCCUACGCCCUGCUCGGGCAGUACCAUGACAUCAAGGAGUAUGUGCACCACAGCCCCGGGAACUCCAGGCGCGGCUUUGGCAUAGACUGCGCAAUCCUCUCCUGCCAAGUGUACAUCUCCCAGAUCCUGGUGGCGUCCGCCCUCGGGGGCGUGGUGGACGCCGUUGGGAGCGUGCGUGUCAUUCCCGUGGUGGCCUCCGUGGGCUCUUUCUUGGGCUUCCUGACAGCCACGUUCCUGGUGAUCUACCCGGAGGUGUCUGAGGAGGCCAAGGAGGAGCAGAAAGGCCUGUCGCGCCAGCCGUCAGGUGACGGCGGGGACGGCGGCCAGAAGCCCACUGUGCUGACGCUCUCCCGGAAGCAGGGCCCGCAGGGGCUGGUGGAGACGGAGUCCGUGGCGUCGGGACUUUCUGUCAGAUCUCACGUUUUGUUGGUGCUGCAGUUAUUGGAGAGUAUUUUUCUUCAUCAUCGUUUUAGAAAACCAUUUUUUUUCUUUCAAAACUGGUUUCCUUAGACGAAACAGCGUUUCUUCUUUUCCUCAGAGAUUCUGACAGAUGGCGCGAGUAGCAGGCCUGCCUCUGGGCAGUGGGAGGCGGCAGCCGCCCCCCACCCCCACCCCCACCCCCGGGGAGGCAGGGCCCCAGGGACCCCGUGGGUGGGAGAGGGUGAUCGGAGGGUGACCUGCGGGGACGGCGGGCUGGGAUGGGCACCCGCGGCGGGCAGCGUUCCAACUUAGCAGAUGGGCCCCCUGGUAGGCGGGCGCGCAUGUCCAUGCCCGGACCCCUGAGAGGUGGUGGACUCUUUCAUUGCACUUUGACUCGUGUUUAAACCAUUUGUUGGGGAAAUCAUGAGGGCAGAGCUCCAGGCGUGGCCUUGCCCCCUGGGUCCUGCCGCCAGGCCUACCUCGGGUGUGUGGGGCGCUGCCCCGGCGCGUGUGAACUCCUCAUGCUGGGACUCCUCUGACCUCUUCUGACCUCUUCGCCUGCUCCCCCCGCUGAUGCUGGGACUGGAGCAGUGGCAAAGUGAAGCAAGUGUCUGGGCCCGAAGGAAGGUCCACUCCCCCAGAGGACUCUGGCGGUGUUUUCUGCUUUCAGCGUCUAAGCCAAACCUGGACUUUGGGGAAAGUACAGUCACAAAAUGCUGCAGCUACUUGGGAAUGCUUUCCAAACCACAGUCUCUUUAUAACUGAGGAGUUUCUGCUUUUCUUACUUGGAAUGGUCAGUCUAAGCUUCCUGGUGUCACCUGGACACAGACGACGGUAAUACUUCGCUGCCUCAAGUUGUUUUUUAAAUAAAGAACUUUAGGAUGCAUGAACAAUCAUGCUGCAAUAUGAUCAUUCUAAAGCAAAUAUAUAUACAUACAUAUAUAUAUAUUUCAAGAUGAGACUAAGCAGUUUUUAAAUAAAUUACUUGAAUUUUCUGUGUAUUC